CGUCGCCUGAAUGGUCCACCGUUCGCCGCCGUUGCUCGGUCAACUUUCUCUCUGUCCCGAAAUCAAUUAACACGACAGACGCGUUGUCGAUCGCAGAGACGCGUCUCACCAGCAACCUUCACUGUUGCCUGUACUUUCGACAAACACAUUCUGGAUCCGGGGUCGAUGAUGACUUGCUGAAGCUGCUUUGCUCUUCUUUUGGCGCCUUUUUGGAAUCCCGCAUUUCUCGCACAUUCCUACCAUCGUCCAUCUUCGAGUCAUCAUCUUGUUUCAUCCCGCUAGAACAUUGUUGCUCUUUGUUCUUGGUUUCUUGGGGAUUGGUCUUUUCCAUACAGUUUCCCUUUGGGGACGUUCAUUAUUGGAGCAUUUUGUUUUAUUUCUUCUCAAUCUUUGGCCUUCAUCAUGGCUGACGAGAAUUGCGCCAACUCACUGCUUCUCGGCUGGGUCAAGGAGUGGUGGGAUACCGCUCGGGAACGCAACACCAAAGGCGCUCCCACCUACAAGAAGGCAUACAAUUCGCUCAAAUCAUGCCCACUAACUUUCCAACACCCUUCAGAACUCAAGGUACUCAAAGGUUUUGGCGAUGGAAUCACCUCAAGACUUACCGACAAGCUAAAACAAUACUGCGAGGAGAAUGGCCUUCCCAUGCCCAAACAUCCCAAGAGGAAGCGAACAUUGGAGUUAGAAACAGCCCUCGCGGAAGCGGGUGCCGGGCAAGAUGAACAACCAUCACCUCCCAAGAGAGCCAGGAAAGCCAGACCUUAUGUUCCAAAGCUGAACAGCGGCGCAUAUGCUCUGCUCAUGGCUCUUUCAGAUCCUGGACCAUCGGGCUACAUGGACAAGACCGCGCUUAUCGCCAAAGCCCAACCUUAUUCUGAACACUCCUUCACCGUUCCUUCCAUGGCAAACAAAUCGUAUACGGCUUGGGACUCCAUGAAGACCCUCGACGACAAAGAACUUGUCUAUAUACGUGGUCGACCUACCAAAAAGUACUCGUUGACGGAUGAGGGCUGGGAAGUGGUCAAGCGGAUGAAGGAAGCACGGAACCUCGUGGAUGGAGUAGGUGGGAGCGCAAUUACGUCUGGGAACGCCAUCGCUAGUGGCAGCGGUACUUCGAAUGCCAACCGCAGUGAGAAUGUCAACCCUAAUCGCCCAGACAGCGGAGUCAAGAGGGAAAGUCGAUAUACGCCACUUGACUUGAAGCCGUUUGUCUCGGCUACAACAACCCAGGAAAGACCACCACAGCCAAAACCUCGCACGGCAAUCUCAGAAUCUUAUGUCCUCAUCGAUAGUGACGACGAAGACUUCAAGUAUGAUGAAGAGGACCGGAAACCAAUUAUCCGGGAGACGACAAACCACGAGUACAUCGACCUAGUAGCAGACGGCGAUUCCGUACCUGACGAGUCCAGUCUCCCCCACUUUGUGCCCAUCAGACUAGCCCCCGGCUCCUUCACGGUCGAACUAGUCCUCGACACCCGCGAAGUCCAAGCCAAGAACAACCGGGACCACAUCCAGGAAGAGCUCUCCAAGCUCGGGGUCCGGCCCAUCAUGCGGAGUCUCGAGCUCGGUGACGUCCUCUGGAUAGCCAAGUGCAAGCAGCCGGGCUGGCUUAACAGGCUAGGCGCCGAAGGUGACGAGGUAGUCCUGGAUUACAUCGUUGAGCGCAAACGCCUUGAUGACCUUAUUGGGAGUAUCAAGGACGGUCGCUUCCGCGAGCAGAAAUACCGGCUGAGGCGGUCCGGCAUGAAGAACGUCAUCUACGUCAUCGAGAACUUCAACAUCGACCAGGACAACCGGACCAAGUACCAGGACGCGAUGGACACGGCCAUGGCGUCGAUCCAGGUCGUCAACGGCUACUUUCUGAAGAAGACGGACGCGAUUGCCGAGUCGAUCAAGUACUUGGCGGCGGUGACGUAUAUGCUGAAGGAGAUAUACGAGAGCAAGCCCUUGUUCGUCAUUCCGACCAAUGUUCUGACGGCCAAGAAUUACUUGCCGCUCGUGAAGCACCUGAGGGAGAAAGAGCCAUCCAAGGGCUACUAUAUCAGCUACCCGGCGUUUGCAUCGCUGGUUUCCAAGUCGGAGAUGAUGACGCUGAGGGAUGUGUUCCUCAAGAUGUUGAUGUGUAUCCGGAGGCUGUCGGGAGAGAAGGCGAUUGAGAUCCAGAAGGUGUGGAAGACGCCGUAUCAGCUUGUCAAGGCGUUUGAGGAGUGUGGGACUGAUGAGAACGGGAAAAAGAAACAGAGGGCUUUGGUGGCGAGUAUGCUUUCGCGCCUUGUUGAUCGGAGGAGUGUUGAUAAGGGAUUGAGUGAGAAGAUUGCUGACGUCUGGGGUUUCUUGUAAUACUCGUUCAGGACUAGAAGAGGCCGAGGAGCCUUGUUGGAGUAGAUGUCUUGUAUAUGAAAGCCUGGGCACGACCAGAAUACAUGUUACGAAUUGU